AUGAAGUUGUCUUCGCAAUGUUCGAUGAAUAACCCUGAGCAUAAAGCAAUGGAACAAGCAUCUGUGCUUGGAAUAGGGAAUGCACGUUCUCUAGCAGCACUGUUUAAUUUGCUCAUCAACGGAAAGCUUGUUGGUGAGAAGACGUUAGCUAUGUUAAAGCAGCCCGUGGUAAACGAAACCGACUACGUGACCCAGUUGCGUAUGGUCUUUGGGCAUGGCCUCAUGUAUCAUCCAUCUAUCACGGGCGAGUACCAAAACUCCAAUCCAAAUAAUCGAAGAGCCACUCGUGCACAUGAACGUCAAAAGGGCUUCCAUUUUUUUCAGGGAGAACCGAUCGCCGGACAUGGUGGUUAUGGCUGCCAAGAAGUAAAUUUCGACCCGAAAAAUGGCGUCGUCAUUGCGUAUGUUACCAAUGGGUUGAAAGUGGGAAUGUACGAUAGCUGUCGCAUCUACAUGCGGCUACAGAAUGCUGUAUAUGAUGUUAUUAGGCAAUCUCAACCUAUACCAAGUUCUUAA